CCUUUCCCAACUCACCCAAUAACCAUCUCUCUCUUUAGAACUGCUGAGUGAUGCCUUGCACUCCUCCGAAGUCCUCCGUCCAACGCCAAAGGCUCAGCACGACAGCCGGCGUCGGGGCCAUAAACGGGAACGGCAUGACCCAGGGGCCGAUAGCCGGCGGCAAGGUGGCGGCGGAGGAACGAUGCACGGCGCACGCGGUGCCCGAGGAGGUGGCGCGGCACCACGAGCACGCGCUGGGGCCGCAUCAGUGCUGCUCGGCCGUGGUCCAGACCAUCGCCGCACCCGUGCCGACGGUGUGGUCGGUGGUCCGCCGCUUCGACAAGCCACAGACCUACAAGCACUUCGUCAAGAGCUGCCACGUCCUCGUCGGCGACGGCGACGUCGGCACCCUCCGCGAGGUCCGGGUGGUCUCCGGCCUACCGGCGGUGACCAGCACCGAGCGUCUCGAGAUCCUCGACGACGAGCGCCACGUGCUCAGCUUCCGGGUCGUCGGCGGCGAGCACCGGCUGGCCAACUACCGGUCGGUGACCACCCUCCACGAGGCCGCCGCUGGCGGCGGGGGGACGGUGGUGGUGGAAUCGUACGUGGUGGACGUGCCGGCCGGGAACACGAGGGAGGACACGCGGGUCUUCGUCGACACCAUCGUCAAGUGCAACCUCCAGUCGCUCGCGCGCACGGCCGAGAACCUCGCCCGGCGCGGCGGCGCCGUCGCGAGAGCAGACCCGUAAUUAGGUGCUGGAACGGGGGGCCUUUUCUUGCGAGCUCUAUGGUUUGUCUCUUUUUUUCCUCCCCCCCUGGGUUCCUCCCCCUCGGCGUGGAGGCUAUCGCGCCCGCCCACCCACUUGAAGCGAAACGACGAUUUCGUCGUACCGCGUAGCACCAGCCUCAGCUCUCUUCUUUUUCUUCUUUUCCCCUUUUCUUUCUUUUGUUUUCGUUUCCUCCCCCUCCCCCUUUUUUUAGGAUAAAUACAAGUAUUACAGACCAUUGUGAAUAGGGUCCCCCCUCCCUUCUCUCUCUUUCUCUGUGUGUGUAUGAGAUUUGUUCAUACUCAGCUUUUAAAGCAAGGUUUAUCUUUUUGAUAAAAUGUGUGAUCCAAGGCGCUAUUUGCAAUGGAUGGUGUAUUUGAUUAUUAGAGUCUUUUUUUUUUGUAUUAAGAUUUGAAAUAAGAGUGACAUUCUUACCAUGAUUU